UUUCGGUGGCACCAAUAUGGCGGCGGCGGCGGGCAGGGCCGCGGCCCCCCGCCUGAUGGCUUCGCUGAUAAAAAACAACAUCAGUAAAGUUAGAGCCCAUCACCCAUGGAGACAUCAGUCUGGGGCAGCAGCGGCAGCAGCAAAGGUCAGACAAGCCGAAAGAACAAAACCUCAAGUUCAACCAGAGAAAAGGAAACCUAAAACAGGAAUAUUGUUGUUAAACAUGGGAGGCCCUGAGACACUGGGAGAUGUUCAUGACUUCCUCCUGAGGCUUUUCCUGGAUAGAGACCUGAUGACACUUCCUGUACAAAAUAAGUUGGCACCAUUCAUCGCCAAACGCCGCACACCCAAAAUUCAGGAACAGUACAGCAGGAUCGGAGGAGGGUCGCCCAUCAAAAUGUGGACUACGAAGCAGGGGGAAGGCAUGGUGAAGCUGUUGGAUGAACUCUCGCCACAAACAGCACCUCACAAAUAUUACAUUGGAUUUCGUUAUGUCCAUCCUCUAACAGAAGAAGCAAUAGAAGAAAUGGAAAAAGAUGGAAUUGAAAGGGCUGUUGCUUUCACGCAGUAUCCGCAGUACAGCUGCUCUACAACAGGCAGCAGCUUAAAUGCCAUUUACCGAUAUUAUAAUGAAGUAGGGAAGAAGCCAACGAUGAAGUGGAGUACGAUUGACAGAUGGCCAACUCACCCUCUCCUUAUUCAGUGCUUUGUGGACCAUAUUCGGAAUGAAUUGGACCAGUUUCCACCUGAGAAGAGAGAAGAAGUUGUCAUUCUUUUUUCUGCACACUCACUUCCAAUGUCGGUAGUGAAUCGAGGUGAUCCAUAUCCUCAAGAAGUGGGAGCUACAGUUCAAAGAGUAAUGGAGAAUUUGGGUUACUCCAAUGCUUACAGACUUGUCUGGCAGUCAAAGGUUGGUCCAAUGCCUUGGCUGGGUCCACAAACUGAUGAAACUAUUAAAGGACUUUGUAAGAGGGGUAGAAAGAACAUCCUUCUGGUUCCUAUAGCGUUUACUAGUGACCACAUUGAAACCCUGUAUGAGCUGGAUAUUGAAUACUCACAAGUUCUAGCAAAUGAGUGUGGAGUUGAAAACAUCAGAAGAGCAGAGUCUCUUAAUGGAAAUCCAUUGUUCUCCAAGGCACUGGCUGACUUGGUUCAUUCGCAUCUGAAAUCCAAUGAAAUAUGCUCCAAGCAGUUAACUCUGAGUUGUCCACUCUGUGUAAAUCCUGUCUGCAGGGAGACAAAAUCCUUCUUCACUAAUCAACAGCUGUGACCCAUGGCCAGGAACCCAAGUUGGAUUAGACAGGACAAAACCUUCCUGGAGUGUUGCCACAAGCCUCCCAGCUACGACCGUUCCUUAUUUUUGAAGAGAAUGUUGGGCAGAAAAAAGGAACCAAAUUACAUUAAAAUAUUAACCAACCUU